GUGUAAUCAGUUAUCAGUAUCAUGACUUUCAUCAUAGUCUUUGCAUUUUAUUUGUGACAUUUGUAUUGUCACGUCAACAAUGAUUGUCAAUUUGUGUGUGACAUGAAUUCGGAAAUUAAUAAGAAGACACCAGCUUUUAUAUAUGGAAAAGAGUUUAAGUUAUCCAAGGUUCUUGGAAAUUUACAGGCAUAUAAGCUAGCGACUGGUGAUGUUGGACAAGCAGAAAGAGAAGAAGUUUCAAGAAAGCAUGGAAAUAAUUUGGGUGCCCUAUAUGGUGAUCUAAUCACGAAAGCUUCCCUUGAAAGUGGCAAAAUCAAAAGAAAGCAAGAAGAUGAGGUCGAUAUCUUUAAGAAAAGAAAAAGACGAAAGAAACGAAACAGACAGAAUGGAGAAGAAAAGAAAGAUGGACCACAUUAUCCAGUUCCGACUGUUGUGAACGAAACCCUGGAAGAAGCUCUACCUCUGCCGGAAUGGUUGAAACAAGAUGAGGAUAACAAUCCUAGUUUAUCAAAAGAAGAGAGUAGUGAUAGUGACAACAAGGAAAGCGAGACAAUGGAUUUUUUUGGUUUGUCUACUGGACAAAACGGCCAGAGUUCUCCAGAAGAGUCCGAUGAUGCAACAAUGAGAAAUGUGUCAAAAGGAUCGCCCAAUGUCGAAGGAACUACGAAAACCUCAGAGAAUGUUCUUGACCCCACCGCAAUUGCUUUAACGACAUAUUCAUGUUCCAGGUGUAACAGACGAGGUCAUCUCACAGAACACUGCACCAUUCCACAAGCUGAGAGAAAGAAAUACCAUCAUCUUCAUGUUGAGAACACAAGUCACAGAAGUGCCGAUAUUCAAGACCUAUUUUUACAGUGUAGAAAAUUAAAACGUUUAAAGAAUGUCAGUUGCAUCGACUGUGGCAGUACAUCGAACUUAGCAUUCUGCUUCGAAUGCCGAGUAACUCUGUGUGAUGGACGCGGUCAUUUAAUUGAACACUUACUAAAGUUUCCGACACACAAAAGACUUUAUUCGCAUAAACUGCAAAAAGUAUUGAAAUGCUCCAACUCCUCAUGUAGUAUUGUGGAUGUUGAUAAACUUCUGGUCUGUCCUCAAUGUCUGAGUAAGGUUUUCGACAAACAGUAUUCACUUGUUAAUGCAACUUGGUCAAACCGCGGGCUUAGGUCCAUCACAAAUAUUCUCUGUUGCGAGGAACACUUUCACUGGCAUCGUAUGAACUGUUACGAGUCUUCAGGUGAACGGCUGUUUAAGUCUGAAAAUUUGCUGAAGUUACAACAAGAAAAUAGUGGUCUAAUGAGUGAGUUCUUUUUCUGAAGAACAUGAAAACCCAGGAACAUUGUGUACAAG